GUCCUCAAGGGUUAAGGCCGUGCACGUGACGCCGUUUCUCGGCAAAGCCUGCCUUCCCCUUUUCUCCGCCGAAGAAAUGGACUAACUCGGAUUUACUGGUUUCUUUCGUUUUAUUUCUUUUUUGUUGUUAUUUUUUUGGGGCUGAAAACUAAUGACUGCGGCGGAGGAGUUUGUGAGGUGGGAUCCGGCGGAGAGCAGGUGAACGUGAACUCUUCAGUGUUCAAGUUGUAAUGGAGUGAAACUACCAAAAAAAAGUACCAAUUGCCAAAAUGGAAAUCAGGCACCAUACAGGGAAAUGGAAAAAGAUUUAUGUGCCAGGCAUUUUGUUUUUGCUGGCUAUUUUCAGGCUAUGUGAUGCCUCCGAAGAGCAGAACAACUCUAACAGCACAGGGUCAUGUUUGGAAAAUGAGUACUGGCAUAAUGGAUUCUGCUGUGAUAUGUGUCCACCAGGAUUUAAACUAACUAAGGCGUGCUCAGGACACGGCCAGAGGUCAACAUGUGAGAAAUGCAGCCCUGGAUUAUUUCUGGACAGCAUCAACUAUACCCCAAACUGCUUCUCAUGCCGUAAACCAUGCGAAAAUGCAUUUAAAGAAAGAGAGAUUCAAAAUUGCACACACAUUCAAAACAGAAUUUGUGGCUGUCAUAAUGAAUACUACCAGUUUGUGGUAGAGGAAAAUACAAAGCAUUGUUUACCCUGUCGAAAGUGUGGAAGUGGUGAAGUAGAGACCAGGCCAUGUGGUGGACAGAUGAACACUUUGUGCAACUGUAAAUUUAACCAUUACCGUGUGGCUAAAGGAAUCUGUGCACUAUGCACAAACUGCACUUCCAAAUGUUCUGAAAUGUGCCCAAAUAAUGUUGUCAUGACUACGCCCUCCAGCACUCAUCUACCAGGUUCUCCUUUAGAAAAGACAUUCAUACUAGUAGGCAUGUAUGCACUAAUUGCUUUGAUGUGCAUAAUUUGCUUGUAUAAUGGAGCUAAACACUGGAGGAAGAAGAAACCAACUCUGUACAGUCAGUCAUCUGUAUCAUGUGACUCAGAGAAGCAAAUGGAGAAGAGUGAAACACAUACAUGCAUACAAAUCAAAGAGGAUGAAAGCAAACUGUUAGCAGUUCUGCCAGAAACCAUGCUUCCUGAUUGCAUUCCCAAAGAGAUCAAAAUUCAUGAAUUUAUUUACUUUGUGCUGGACAUUGUACCAGUCAAUCGCUUUAAGGAACUGGUGCGCCGCCUGAACGUCUCUGAGCAGGACAUUGACAGAGCAGAGAGAGACAAUCGGGCUUUUGCUGACGCCCAGUACCAGAUGCUGAUGGUUUGGUUUGAAAGUGGCACUAGAGUUGGGAAAAGCAUCCUGCCACACCGACUCCUUCAAGAAUGUCUGGAGAGACUGCAUGAUAUGAAUUUAUCUGCUUGUGCAGAAAGCAUACAGGAAAAGUAUGUCUGAACUCUCACAUGUGGCACAAGCAUAAAAACAUUUUAUAUGGUAAUGAGUGUGGAGACACAUUAAUUAAGAAGUGAUCAGAAUUUUAAUUGCGUGCAAACAAUUUCAUUGGUGUUACAUAGACACUUUUUCGUCUUGAUACAUGGCAUUAUGGGUGUACUCCAGAGUUGCUAAGGUGAAAUAUUUAAUGCUGUAAUGUAGAUGCUAUUAGCCUAGUCAGUGUAGCAAAAUACUUUUACACAGCUCUGCAGAGUACAGAACCACACUAAGUGUACACGUGUUUGUAUAUACAAGUAAUAUAUGCAUUUGAUAAAAAUUGUUGAAUUUUAUAUGUACUCCAAUAUUUUUGUAUUGCUUUAAGCUUUCUUGACAAGCUCCCCUUUUUUUUCUCUUUUUUUUACUGAAACCUUUUUAACCGUUUUACCCUCUAUUGACAUUAUUUUAAAAAGGGGAUAAACAGAAGAAGGUUCAAAGGUGUCAGAUGGAACUUUUUCUGUUAAGUGGGCGAAUCUGCUUUAAUGUAGAUUUGGUAUCAGCAUAUAAUGCCAUUGUGCUUAGAAGAGAAAAAAGAAAAAAAAAGAAGGAAGCCGAAUAACCACAGCUAUUUUAAAAUGAAGUGUGAUUCAUUUUCUUAUUUUAAUGUUUUCUGUUGCAUUAAAAUGUACAUUUCUUUUUUUCUGACCAAGCAAUCUUCAAAGAAAGGAGGGGUUUUGAGGAUUGUAUUUGUUAUUUUUUCAGGUAAAAAACACAACCUUAAUCACUGUUUAAUAAAUCAGCUGAUUUUUUUUUUGC